GGUCUACGAGAGGUUGGGGACAUGGAGGACUGGGUCAUCUACUGGAUUGACUGUUCUGUCUCUUUGGACCGUAUUAUGGACAUUAAGCGGUACCAGAAAAUCAACCACUUUCCUGGGAUGAAUGAGAUCUGUCGGAAGGAUCUCCUGGCCAGGAACAUGAACAAGAUGCUCCGCCUCUUUCCGAAAGAGUACCACAUCUUCCCUAAGACCUGGUGCUUGCCUGCAGAUUAUGUUGACUUCCAAGGUUACUGUCGGAUGUGGAAACACAAAACGUUCAUCUGCAAACCUGACAACAGUUGCCAGGGUAAAGGGAUCUACAUCACCCGCCAGCCCCGUGACAUUGACCCGGAGGAGCACAUCAUCUGCCAGAGCUACAUCUCCAAGCCAUUCGUUAUCGAUGGCUUUAAGUUUGACCUUAGACUUUAUGUGCUGGUGACAUCAUGUGACCCCCUGAGGAUAUUCCUUUACAAUGAGGGUCUGAUGCGCUUUGCUACAUCCAAAUACAAGCCCCCGCACAGCAACAACCUGGAAGACAUCUGCAUGCAUCUCACGAACUAUGCCAUCAACAAGCACAACAACAAUUUUGACCGUGACGUUGAAUCUGGCAGUAAAAGGAAGCUGUCAUCCUUCAGGUCAUGGUUGUCCCAACACACAUACGACCCCAUGGUGGUGUGGAGCGACAUGGAGGAAGUGAUCAUCAAGACCCUAAUCACAGCCCAGCCCACCUUGAAGCAGAACUACCGCAUAGGUUUCUCCAGCCAGGUGGGCCCCAGCUCCUGCUUUGAGAUCCUGGGCUUCGACAUCUUACUGGACUUCAAGCUCAAGCCCUGGCUUCUGGAGGUAAACCACUCUCCCAGCUUUGCCACAGACUCCUCCCUGGACUGGGAGGUGAAAGAAGGCCUGCUGACUGAUGCCCUGACCCUGCUGAACCUGGGGGCUAUUGACCGCAGGAGAGUCCUUGAGGAGGACAAGCGCAUGGUCAAGGAACGCCUCUUGCAGAAACACCAGCCUUGCCCCAAAACACGGAGGGAGCAGCUGCUGAGUAGCCAGGCGUCCUGGAUGGCUGAACUGGAGAAGUAUGAGCAGGACCACUGCGGGGGCUUUCUCCGGAUCUACCCCAGAGACGACUCCCCGAAAUACGACAGGUUCCUCCAACAGUCCGGCCUUCUCUACCAGGAGAACGUGGCUUCCAAAGCCAGGGAGGAGUGCUCCAGAAAGAUGCUUAGGGAGAUGCAAAUGAAGGAGGAGCUGGCGGGUCGCACCCGGUUGCCAGGGAAACGCUGGAGUCGGGGCGAGGCCCGAGGUCUACAAGGGGAGUCGCAGGGGGAUAGGAGCAGCAGCCAGAUAGCAGAGAAGACCGAUGUGGCCCUCAAAGACCCUGCAGGUAGUGAGAUGGAGGAAUCGAGGCUUCCGGGUCAGAUCGUGGAGGAGGAGGAAGUAGAGCGUCUGAAGAGUUUGGAGCUGAGGGAGAUCUUGCUGAGGAAGCUGGGAGUGGUGGACUUCAUUUACAGCCUCCUCAUUCCCCCCCCUGGACCCAAGAAGGUCUUCUUUCCACCCUGCCAUCGACUGGAGUAUCGGUCGAGGAAGCAAUUUCACCCAGUCCUACGAGUCAUGGGCAAGCCUUCCGCAGCAAAAGCAGGCCACCUUCAGCCCCUAUUAAGGUCCCCUUGCUGGAGCAAAGACCACAAGUCCAGGCAGCUGUCAAUGAGGGUCAUCAAACUGGGCCUCCCAGCUCAGAUUGAGCAGGGCUUCUGCAAACGACUCUCGGGCUUUACUGAAAACUGGCGGGACCCAGGAUUCCUGACUGGGGAGAGGGGGGAGCACAGUGACUCCACUGAGGACAAGCAGGGCAACUGCCUUACCACCUCCCGCCCAGCGGCCCCCCUGUGGAGGGUAGGUCAGUUGUCCACUCGCUCCACCCCUAGCAUUGAGGAGACCAGCUUACCGCCUCUCACCCCUGGCCAAGCAAAGUGGGUGAGGGGACUUCGGAAGUAACAUUUCUACUACCUAUCACUGGACUGUAUUCUUGUUUUGAAUUGGCUUGAAAUGCUUGAUGAAUUACUCAUGAUAUUUUCAACAGAAGAUCAAUUUGGGCCAAAAAGUUUAUACUUGAUACUGUUUUGUUUUCUUCUA